AAACAAAAAAUACCUACAAUUACGACCCUCCCAAAACGCAGUGUAGCCUCCGUAUAGAUAUAUAAUCAUUAUAUUUUUCUACUUUCUUCGAGAAGUCACCUAUUGGAUAAAAAAGAAAAAGUUGGACAUUGCGCAGAAGUAGUAGGAUCAUUCUGGAUGGCUCCUCGAUUCUGAAUCUAGGACAAUCUCAGCUUCUAGUUCCACAAAAUCUACGUGUAAGGAUCAUGAUUUGAGAUAUGAUCCACCUGAGACGAAACGUAGGACUCGCCAAGAAUUCUCUUCAGCAGUCACCACCAAAUCAAACCUCGACCUGAGCAAGAAUCCCUUAUUAUUGGAAAAGACGGCAAUCAUGAUCCAAACUUCGUAACUCGUUGAAGUGAAAAAACAGCAAUCUGUCAGUACAUCAUUUCAGAUCUUUCCACAAACUUCCUGUUGGCGCCCACCAUUUGCUUAAAAAUCAGAUCUUUCAUGUUUGAUCUUCCAACAGUUACUCCUUUCAGUUCUUUGCUUGCAGAAAUAAACUCAUUGUGUGUUCUUUUGCUGGAAAGUUUAUUCGGAAAUGGCCUCCGAAACAGGGUCCCCAGAGCAAUCAUCCUUCUUCCAAACCCUAAUUAAUUCAAGAAUCAGACACAUCGCACUCUCUUUGCCUUACAUGUUAGGCCUAACUACCUCCGACCCGCUUCAAGGUUCCACAAACCCACCUCAAGAAACACAAGAUCAAACCACUGCACGUGAGUCACGUGAUAGGAUCAUCUUCAUAGACCCUUUUACAGGAGGCAUGGUCGUCAUGGAAAGUAGUGGUGGCUCAUCACUGGGAUUGGAUUCCUUGCUUGGAGAUUUAGAAGUUGGUCAACGAACUGCCUCGAAGGCCUCAAUCGAUGCCAUGCCAAGUGUAGAAAUUGUGAAUGGUGAAAAUGAUGAUGAACAGUGCGUUGUUUGCUUGGAGGAAUGGGAGACUGGUGAUAUGGCUAAAGAAAUGCCCUGUAAGCAUAAAUUUCAUGUGGAGUGUAUAGAGAAGUGGUUGAAAAUUCGUGGGUCCUGCCCUGUUUGUAGAUAUGAAAUGCCUGCGGAUGAAGACGAUGAUGCCGGCAAAAGAACUAGCGGAGAGAAUGAUGGAGAAAGGAGGAGACGGAUUUGGGUGAGCUUUAGUCUUAGCUAUGAUUGGAGAAGCGCUGAAAAUAAUCAGACCAGUGCGAGUGGGAGUCGUGAGAAUAGUGAUUCUGCAUCACAUCAUCAAGAAACGGAGGCCUAGAAACAUUUUUCCUUUGUUUGUCACCUUCAGAUAGGGCUAACAUGUGUGAACAGUCAAGUUUUUGUUGGAUAAUUUAUGUUUUCUAAAUUGCAAGGAUGAUGGUUGGAUAACGUUCUUUUCUCUGUAUAAAUGUUGUUUGGGGAUCGGAAAGUUCAAUACUUUUUGUAGCGA